AUGUCUGCUUCGAUAUCCCAGCCGUUCACAAUUGCCAAUGUGCCCAGACAGGCGUCGCAGACAAAAGUGCUAAUCUCCCAGCACAGUCUCACGUCAAAUGCAAACACAUUAGACGUUGCCGUCUCGAAAUAUUCCAUCUCGCAGUAUAUCAUCAACCCGACGCCAAAGCUGGUUAACAGCAAGGCCAUCCCCUCCAAUUUGACGGUCACUGCGUUUGACAACGGAGUCUACGCAACACAAUCCAACAACAAAUCGUUCUGUUUGUAUUUAGACGAGUCGCAUCAGAUACCGCUGAAAUCCGCAGUAGUGAACUGUCUUUCCGAGAAAAUACACGACGAGUCAGUGGUCACCACCGCGAUCUUACAGGAUGGUACUGUGCAAAAGUACAAGGGUGGAGAGCAGGUGUUUGCGAAGCACCUCCCAUUGAAGGAUAUCAAGCAAGUCGAGUUUAUCGAUGGACAGUACGCCUUAAUUGUCGCCGCGCAGUCCACUGCCUUGUACGAAUUAGAGAAUCUCACUGAACUGCGAGUUAGCACAACUUUACACUUUGAGCAGUUCAAACAAAUCAGACAGCACCUGGGGAAGAUCUACCAAUUUGACCUUGCGACUAACGAUUUUAAGAUAUUCGAAUUGACGACUUUAAACGAGAUUGGCGUGGUUAAUAUCCCAUUUUUGAGUGCCUCUAAGGGUGCGCCUCUCACAUUCACAGUUGUGGGGGAUAGCAGGGUUUGUCUUGCCUUGGCAAACGAGAUAUAUUUACUGGAUCUACACCUGGGCAGCGUUCUGUCUCACAACAAGUUUGCACAGUUAAAGCAAGUUGAGUUGAUUGCUGGUGCAAGGGACGGAUCCUUUGCCAUUGCCUUGAGUCACGGACCGCAGGACAACGCUGUGUCUUUAGACAUCAUCAACUUGGAACUUGGAAGCAGAAGCAUAAAAGAUUCCUUGGGGAAAGGGUUUGCUACGUUCAUGAAAGAGAGAAGAUCAGCAGAAUCACAGGUCACGCUGCGGCCAAUCCUUGACGCUGGUGACAAAACGAAGAGAAGUUUUGAUUACGCUUCCAUUCUGAAGAAACUGACCGCAGCAGCCAAGGACCCAGCCAAGUUCGACCAGAUUUUUUUCAAAGAACUUUAUAUCGUGCAGGAGUGUUACACGGAAGGGGACAGAUUCAUCAUAGACCAGAAUUUCUUAUCAGAGACCGUUGGUGUAAUUCUCAAAAAUUACAGUUUCGAGCCCUCGAGCAAGUACCCUGCAGCUUUCACCUAUCUGUUGACACAUCCACUGUUCCCAGCGGACAAAACCAGACAUUUACUUUCCAAAGUGAAGCAAAUACCUAGACUGUACAAACAGGUCAUCGUUACGUGUCCGAACUUACCGCUCGAUGAGUUGUUGACCGAGUCCUUUGUCAUUGAAAACAACGAGCUUUCCUUGGACCUCUCGCUGAAGAUUUUACAGGAUUACACCAAGGAUUCCAUCAAAAAGGAAAUGAAGGCGCUACCAAGAGUCAACGUUACAAACUUCAUCAAGUUUGUGAUUGGGAACUACAACAACUCGGAUGAAAGUUCGGUGGCCACGCCGCAAUUGUUCCAGCUGCUCUCUUUGGUGAUCGAUUCCAUAGGUCUCUUUGCCUUGGACGGCGAGUUGCUAACGGAGCUUGCAGGAUACAUAGAUAACAUGGUCAAGAUUGCAGAGAUGAACACGGAACUGUGGAACCUAUUAGAGUUUAGGACGAACAAGGCGUCUGUUGCGGGGAGUAACCGUAGUAAGUAUGUCAAGACCCAAAAGAAGGUCUUCCCACCUUACCUUGUCGACCACCUCGAAAUAUAG